AUGCCAGGCUUCGCAGAAUCAUUCUGGUCGAGCGACUACGCCGCAGGACUUGGCGUCCUGUUCGGCAAGCUCCAGCAAGGCGUCGUCGAGAACCGGCAAAUCCUGACCAUCGCGCGAAUGCGCGCCGAAGCCGAAGAGAUCUACGGUCAACGCCUCUCCGAGAUCGCCCCCGCGGUAGACAAGGUGCAGGGUGGAUUUGUCCGUGACGAUGGUGCCAGCGUGCGCAAGGCUUAUGAGGGCGUGCGGACCGAGAUGGAGGAUGCGUCCAAGAACCACAAGAAGAUUGCGCAAAACAUCCGCGACCUGGUCGUCAACCCUUUCUCCCGCUGGUGCGAUGCCCACGACACUCGGAUACAGGACUCGUACGACGAGCUGCAGGGGCGCAUCAAGUCCCACGAUAAGCAAUCCGAGGCGGUCAAGAAGCUCAGGAGCAACUACUUCAACAAGUGCCGGCUUGUCGAGGAUAUCGAAGAGGAGAACAAGCUUGCAUUCCAGGACCACGAGAGCCCAAAGCAGCUGCAGAACAUUCCCGAGAUCAAGGUGGAGCAGGAGCCCGCGGAAGAAGAGGAACCACUCGAGAUUGGCGACCAGAUAUACAGCCCCGACCAGGUCAAGAAGAUUCUCUCUCACAUGAUCGGGAUCAUCAAGAUGGGCGAGACCAAGGUCCCCAUUCUCGGAACCUACCAAAACACCUCGGCCGGUUCGGAUAUCGUAGAAUACAUCCAGCAGCACAUGGGUAGUACCAGUGUGAGCUAUGCCGAGAGGAUCGGCCAGGACUUGGUCACCCACGGCUUCCUGCGCUUGGUCGGCAACGUGGGCAACACUUUUGCCAACAGCUCCAAAAUGUCGUACCAGUGGCGGCCAAAAGCGUUCGAGACGGCCGGUGUGCCAGAGAAGAAGGCCGUUGCGAGGACCUUCUCUAUCCCCGUGGGUGGGUCUGACGGUGACAACUCGCCGGUAGUUGGUGCCGUUACGGAUUAUCUGGCCAAGUGGGAUGUUCUGAACACGUCGCGGCCAAACGAAACGCCCGCGGAACGCAUGCGCCGGGAAGCGCGCGAGUCCGACGAGAAGUACAAGGCCAGCGUCCAGAAGCUGGACGAGAUGCGGUGCGAGCUGGAGGAGGCCAUCCACCUCCACCUCAAGUUCCUCGAGCGCUGCGAGUUGGAUCGGCUCAAGGCCAUCAAGACGGUGAUCCUGGACUUCUCUGGGACCAUCAGCAACGUGAUUCCGAGCCUGCAGGCCACUGUCGACAACAUGAUGCUCUACCAGGAGACGGUGCAGCCGCUGGGCGACUUGCGGUAUCUUCUCGAGAACUACCGCACCGGUAGCUUUACACCAAAGGUGGUGGUGUACGAGAACUACUACAACAAAGUUGACGAGCAGACAUUUGGUGUCGAUCUCGAGGCCCGCGCCAGGGCUGACCGGAAACGCGUGCCCGUUAUCAUCACGACGCUGCUCACCUACCUCGACCACCACUACCCGGAUCUCGAGGGCGAUGAAGCUCGGAGGGGUGUCUGGCUGCAUGAGGUUCCACUCGCCCAGACGCAUAAGCUCAGGGCUAGGGUCAACAAUGGGAAAGCGCCCGCGCUUGAAACCUUUGCUGAGUUUGACAUCCCUACCGUCGCCAGUCUUUUGAAGCUCUACCUCCUUGAAUUGCCAGAUUCCCUAGUCUCCUCGCACGUCUACGAAAUCAUCCGGACCAUCUACACCACUCCAACGGGAGAAGGCGACGAUGCGGCCCGCGUUCCCGUUCUGCAGCAGACACUCUCGCAACUGCGGCUCACUAACAUUGCGUCGCUUGACGCCUGCAUGAACCACUUCACGCGCCUGAUCGAUCUCACGUCGGCCGACGAGGAAUACAUUGCGAAGCUCGCGACGAUCCUCGCCCCUUGCGUCCUCCGCCCACGAAGCGAGACGUCCCUUACGAUGGAGGAGAAACACGCCUACCGCCUCGUGCGCGACCUCUUCACGCACAAGGACUCCAUCUUCAACGAGCUCAAGCGCCUAUCGACCAUGAACUCGGCCGGGACUAUUAAGGGAGCCCAGAACCGGCCACGGGCGAUCUCCACGGACGAGAGCAACCGCAAGGCGCACAUGGAGGAGCGCAACCGCUUGCUUCUCGAGAAGGCGACCGGCAGCCGGAGCCGAGCUACCUCGCCCGCACCCAGCCCGCGCGCCGCCUCUCAUCGCCGGGACAGGAGUGUCGGCGGCCCUGAGACCCGCUUCCCGAUCUCCACGAACCUGCAAAGCCCCCCUGCCAGCGGAGAAAGGAAGCGAACCAGCUUCGGCCCUGUCCUUCCCAAGCGAACAAGCCUCGAGGUUCCGGACGAGUCCGACAAGGCCAGCAGCAACAACAACAACAGCAACAGCAGCUCCCUAAACCACCCCGCGGACGGCAACUUCAUCCAGAACGGCAUCAGCUCCAUCAUCACGUCCAACAACACCAUGACCUCAUCCCCCACGACAACAGCAGCCACCUCCGGCACCCCCACCGAUCCCCAGGUAGCCAAAAUCGUCAGCGAGCAAGGCCACACCGUAGAAAAGCGCAACAGCCUGGGCCGCAGCGGCGCCCGUUUCUCGUCUGGCCGGCGUGUGACUCCCGCGGCAGCCGCUGCGGCGGCUGCUGCCCGUGCGGGCACGGCCACACCGCCCCCAUCAUCAGCUCAGCAGCACCGUCACUCGGGCAGCGCGGGGUCGGCGUCUGAGCAUGGACAGGAGAAUGUGCGGCCGUCGGGUGGUGCGGGACAUGCCCAGCAGCAUAGUGUGACGCUGGUGGAUCGGCCGAUGGACUAUUAG